CUCUGCAAGAACAGGACCAGGCUUUGCCAGAUGGGGAUGGGAUUUUCUUGAAUCAUAAUGGCUAAAUGGCCUUCUGAGUUUUAUUGCUUGGAGAACUCAGCCAGGAAUGGAUCAUCAAGUAGCAUGUAAACCCUCCGAAAAGUGCAAAGACAAUAUCCACCUUCUGAAGCAGCAGUCUAAGGGCUAACGGCUUUUGAACUGUCUUCCUUCCUCACUUUGCCAACCACACCAGGAAGAAGGGAUGGCUAAGCUCAUAGCAACAAUUAAUAACACCAGUGGAGCCUAUGGGAGCCCAGAAUCCUGGAACCCAGAGCACACUGAGAAUGCCUCCUUGCCUAACUUUACACUGACUUUCACGUUUCACCAACGGGCCACUGACCAAGCGCUGAAUGGAAUCCUCAUUGCUGUCCUCUGCAUUGUCAUGGUGUCACUGGGGUGCACCAUGCAGCUCUCCAAGAUCAAGACUCACUUCUGGAAACCUAAAGGGGUGGCCGUUGCUGUUAUGGCUCAGUAUGGCAUAAUGCCUCUGACAGCGUUUGCCCUGGGAAAGCUCUUCCAUUUGGGACCUAUUGAGUCUCUGGCUGUGCUCAUCUGUGGCUGCUGUCCGGGUGGAAACCUCUCAAACAUUUUUAGUCUGGCAUCAAAAGGAGACAUGAACCUGAGCAUUGUGAUGACCACAUGUUCAACGCUCCUGGCACUUGGGCUGAUGCCUCUUCUACUGUAUCUUUACUCAAGAGGGAUGUACCAGGGCAACCUAGAGGGCAAAGUACCUUACAAGGGAAUAGUCAUCUCCUUGGCCAUGAUGCUCAUUCCCUGCACCAUUGGCAUCUUCCUGAAUGAGAAGAAGCCACAGUAUGCUCGCCUCAUCAUCAAGGCAGGAAUGAUUGUGUUGCUUGUAUCAUCUGUUCCAAUAAUCGCUCUGUUUGUGACAAGUGUUGGAAACAGUUUUUUGAUCAUCUUCUCACCACCCCUACUGGGAAUGUCUGCCUUGAUGCCUUUUAUUGGUUUCCUGCUUGGCUACAUGCUAUCUUCAUUUUUCAAGCUCAAUGACAGGUGCAGGCGGACAGUCUGCAUGGAGACUGGUUGCCAGAAUGUGCAGCUCUGCUCUACCAUCCUCAGAAUGGCCUUUGCCCCUGAUGUCAUUGGACCUCUUUUCUUCUUCCCGUACCUAUACAUGGUAUUCCAGCUUGGAGAGGGCUUUCUCCUGAUACUGGCCUUCAGGGUUCAUGAAAAGCUAAAGAAACCAAACGGCAAGUGUAGUAUAACUAAAACCUCUCUCCUCUUCCUACAGGCUUUUCAUCUCAAAGUAGUGUAUAAACCAUACACUGAUAUCACUGCCCCCAUCACUGAACUGCUGCUAUCUCUGGGGUGGAACUCAGUUCAUCUCCCCCACACACAGCAAAACGAAACAACAGCUAGAAGUGAAGAAUAGCCUCUCCAGAUGAUGCUGCAUAGGGAAUUGAGGAUACUAGGCACCACAACUUUUGAUAUCAAAAGUUUAGUAGUGAGGUACUGUCUGUGCAACCCACCAAUAGUCACAGCUUUCCAGAGAGUCCUGUGCUUCAGUGCGCAGGCCCAUCCCAAAAGCAGGGAAUCUGUAUUGAUACAACUCAAAGGAGACGAGUAUCAUGUCCAUUUGAAACAGAGGAAUACGAGGUAGACAACAGC